AUGAAGACCCUCGCAUUGAUGUUGGCAUUGAUAUGUGCGGUCCAAUGUGGUCCAGCUAAAACAAAGAAACAAGUACGCGAACGAGAAGCGGAUAGUUAUGAGUACGCUUACGCAGCUCCAGAAUCAGUGUUAUUAGAUUCUCAUCUCUUACAAGUAGAUUCAGUGGCUGUGCCCAGUGGUACUCACUUAUCAGAACACCGUCCAUCUCGGCCAGGUUAUAGCGUGGGUGGUCCUUUGGCAAGUAUCGCUCAAGGUGCAGCUGAACAGGCUCACACGCAAUUAGGAAAUCAACAUUCAGCGGCUGGACAGGCAGCUUUCGUGGCUAAGAACACGUUGGCUCAGGCAGCGGCACAGUCAGCUGCAACAGCAGCAGCAGCUUUAGCAGGCAAACAGAUCAUCGUGAUGGGUCUCGAACAACAAUCGAGAGAUGCUCACGUUGCCGUCGAUGGUGAAAAACUUCAACUACAACAAGCCCAACGUGCUGCUACGGCUGCACAAAAUACUGCUCAACAAGCGAUGCAUCAGGUCCAAGUAAUUACUGCAGCUUUGAACGCUGCUCAAGCUACUGCUGAUCACGCUAGUCAGGCUGCAGCCGAAGCUCAAGCUGAAUUAGCUGCUCAAACUACUAUGGUUGGUCAGGCCAAGGCUCGUGCAGAAACAAUCGAGGAACAACUCAAUGCAGCUCGUGUCGAUUUCGAAGCAACCCAAGCAGCCGCUCAAAAAGCUGCAAACGCUGCAUCAGCCGCCCAAUCGAAUGCUGCUGCUGCAGCAGCUCACGCCGCAAAUGCUGCUGCUGCUAACGUUGCAGCUGCCUCAGCUAACAGUCAUUCCAGCGGUGCUCAUGGUAGUCUUGUUGCUCACUUAGGCGAACCCCUUACGAACGCUGUACCCGUUGAUGCAUAUGAUUACAAAUCUGCGGUUUAUCAUUAUUGAUGAUUAUUUUCAAUUUUAGUUCUUCGACCUAUACUUUUCCUCGUGUCCCGUACUCGAACUUUCAACUUUCUUUUUAUUUUUUAUUUCUUACGUCUUCUCAUUAUAUGUAAAGGUCGAGCAUCGUCACGAGUUGACUUCAUCGAGUUUUCAUGCUAUCGUUAGAGUUUAUCUAUUUAAAAUUUAUAUUGGGAACAAUAUCGAUUUAAAUGCAUUUUUAAUGCGAUCGAUCGAAACUUAAAACGAUAGAACGUUAUCGCAGCAGGAAAUUUUUGAAUCGAAAGGAUCGCCUUUGAAAAAAUAAAAAUUUUCGAUCCGUCUUGAAGUUAUUAAUUUUUUAUUAUUCAAUGUAAACUAAAAAAUUGCCUUCAUAUUCCAUUUCUUGUAUUACCUUUUAUUUUAUCAAUGAAUUUUACUUGCUACAUUUCUUUCGUCGAAAAUUCUUUUUUGUGUCAUUUACUUUUUUUCGUGCUGAUUCAUAUGAAAAUGCAAUUGAAUGUUGUUAUCAUUUUAACAUUUUUCUAUCAUUAAAACUGUGACUUAUUUAAGUUAUAAAGUUAUUAUUAAAAAGGACCUCAUAA